AUGUUGAAAAUAGCAUUUGCAGCGCUGGGGUUCAGCACCGUCGCCCUGACGAGCCAUUUGCCCGUCGUUGAUUUGGGGUACGCUCUCCAUCGGGCUAGGUUUAAUGAAUCAGGGGAUUACUACUCUUUCAAGAAUAUCCGCUUUGCGGAUGCGCCUGUUGGAAAGAAUCGGUUCCGGCCGCCGGUUGCUGUGUCGAGUGUGAAUCGGACGGUGAGCGAUGGUCCGGAGGUGGGUAAUAUUUGUCCGCAGGGAUAUCCGGACUGGACGCUUGUAGAUGGCGCGAAGGAGGCGGGUGUUUCGGUGGAGGAGUAUAGGAGGCAGCUUGAGAGUGACCCGAGGAAUAGUGAGGAUUGUUUGUUUUUGGAUGUCGUUGUGCCGAGGACGUUGUUUGGGGGUGGACGGGGGAAGUGUGCGAAGGCUGGAGCUCCGGUGAUGGUUUGGAUAUACGGCGGGGGUUAUGUAUUUGGUCUCAAAGACGACGAGGUAUACAACCCAUCCGGGCUGGUCGCCGGCUCUUUUGAAGACGGGGGCAAAGGUGUCAUCUACGUGGCGCUUAAUUACCGUCUGGGCAUGUACGGAUGGCUCAAUGGCCUUGGCGACGAGGACAUCUUCCCCAACGUCGCGCUGCAGGACCAGCUCUUCGGACUUGAAUGGGUCAAGAAAUACAUCCACCUCUUCGGCGGCGAUGCCAACCGCAUCACCGUGUUUGGCGAAUCCGCCGGCGGAGGCAGCAUCAUGCACCACCUCACAGCCAAGGACGGACACACAUCCCUCCCCUUCAAGCGAGCCCUCAUCCAAAGUCCAGGCUACCAACCCGUGCUAGACCUCCCCGGCAUAUGGAACCGAACCCUCGAAACGGCCAGCAACAUCACAGGCCGUAGCAUCACCAACGGCGCAGCCCUCGCGGCCAUCGACGCACCCACCCUCUACAAAAUCAACAACAAAAUCAUCCAGGACUCCCCCAUCAGCACAUACACGUACGGGCCCUCCAUCGACGGCUCCUACGUCCGCGACACGCCUACCGUGCGUCUCCAGCAACGGAAAUUCAACCCCAAGCCGCAGCUCAUGCUCGGCCACAACCUGCACGAGGGUCUCGCGUACAUCACGCCAGAUAUCAACACCUCUGCCCUGGUGGCCACGAAACUCGACCAAGUCCUCCCUGUAGCGCAAUCCGCCAAGAAUUACAUCCUGAGCACGCUGUACCCUCCUGCGCCGUGGGGCCCGUACAAGACGGAGAAUGAGCGUGCUGUGCUGCUGUUCACGGAACUGUUCUUUGCGUGUAAUACUCGUGGGUUGGGGACGGCGUACAAGAACGAGACUUGGAAUUAUAGGUUUGAAGUUCCGCCUGCGACGCAUGGUCAGGAUGUGGCGUAUACGUUUUACAAUGGGGAGAGGAAGGAGGGGAGUUUGGCGAGGGAUAUGCAGUGGUAUUUUACGAAGUUUGGUGAGUUUGGGGAUCCAAAUGUGAGGGGGUCGUUGAGGGAGUGGGAGAGGUAUGGCGAUGGUGCGAGGCUGGUUACCUUUGGGGAGGAGGGGGUGGGUGGUGAUGAGGAUGAGUUGAGGAAUAUGAGGUAUUUCUGGGGUCCCGUGUCAAACUUUGGCAUCCCCGUCGCCGCUGUCCUCGAUACACAAAAGAGCCCUGAUCUAAUCUCGGGACAAAUGACCGGCGCGCUGUGCAUCUACUCCGCCACCUUUAUGCGAUACUCUCUCGCCGUCACACCCAAGAACUACCUGCUCUUCGCGUGCCACUUCGUCAACGAGUGCGCGCAGCUAACACAGGGCUACCGAUACCUGUCGUACCAUAACUGGGGUGGCAAGGAGAAGAUGGAUCUAGAAAAGGGCAUUGAGGCGGCGAAGAGCAAGGUCGAGGGCGUGGAGGACAAGGUGAAGAGUGCGGUGGGCAAGUAG